AUUUGCACCUCGCCUGGGUACGACUAACUUAGGUAAUGAGAGCACUACCGCUUUCCGCAUCGAACAAGACGGACCGAAAUUUUGGCCACCCAACCUUUCUCAGAAGCCCUUUACUGCUUCAUACUUUACGAUGUUUACUUCUUUAUGAUGAACGCUUUAUGUCAUGGCAAACUGGAAAGAACUGGGCGAGGUCCCAGACUCGGACGACGAACUCGACUUCGAUAGCCAGGAUCUUGAGUCGCUGCCGAACCCCGAACUACCUUCGAAACCCACCCCCGAUACUUUGCAAACGAAGGACGCCCACGCCCGGAAGAGCAUAUGGGACGUUCCCGAAUCGUCACAGGAUACGCCAGCAGACGCGAUUACAGAUCGUGUAGCAACGGACCGCCACCAUGAGGUGUCUAAGCCUAUUGACGGAGAGCCGCCGUCUUCGCCGCUGUCUUCGGUGCCGGAUGUGGACGAGCUGGACGACCCCUUCAACUUGACCUUGGACGAACCAGCAGCCCAAGCAGUGGCACCUACAACAACCAAAACGAGGACUAGGUAUCUUCCAAACGACCGCGACGACUCUCCCGAUCCCCUGGCUGGCGAUGAUACCGUUUCGACGAGCUAUGUUAGAAUCACUGCUCCUGAACCUGAGUUUCCCGCCGAGAACGACACCGAAAGCCUUCCACCUCCUAAGAAGUCUGUGGCGGCCUCUUCACAACCCAGUCAACAGAGCCGGCAGAGACGGUUGGCUGCUCAGCUCUUUGCUAGUUCUAGCCCGGAGGCAGAGGUGGCAGCUCCAGUUGAGCAGUCCAACGAUAGCAACACUUCGCCUCCGAAGCCUACAUUUGCUUCCUCGGCAGCCUCUUCUGUUGCUUCUCCGGUGCCGACCCAGUCGAGGAAGCAGCCGAGGCCGGUGGCUAUUCAGCGGGUGGAAAGCUCCAACAGGGACGAGGAGGUUGCUCGACAAGUUGCUGUGCGGUAUGAACGCUCGUUCAGACCAAGGAAACCCAUACAGGAACAUCCAUACCUCAUUGAGAAUGCCCAGUAUAGCAAGACUCUCAAGUCACACGGCAUCCGGCCGAUCAGAAUGCCCACAGAACCAGCCCCGAGACGUCAACGGCCGGAGGAAGAUUCCCAGGAAAAGGAUUUCGAGGAUGACAGCCAAGAACUCGCAGCGGAUGCGCCAAACGGAACCACCGACGAGAGCCAGUUCAACGGCCUGGACAUCCCGCUGAGCUCUAGUCCUCAGCUGAUGUCGUUCCUCUCCGAUUCACCUCUCCGAACAUCGUCCCCCAAGCACCGCGGCGGACCGAGUAGCCAACCAAGUCAGGGAGAUACGGAUAAUACUAGCUUCUCCGAUGUCGAUGAUUUGCCAUCUCUUGACAAGAUUCACCGCGACUUGCUGGCAAACCGAUCUGCCAGAAAGCGAAAGCGAGGGAAAGGCACUGCGACCAAGGCUGUGGUGACGCAGUCGGCAGCCCCAAAUGCGCUUUCGCCCUCGCGUCCGCAGUUUCAGCAGUAUGAUGAGAUUUACGGCAUGCUUUCUUCGCCGUCUUCAUCGCCUGAAGUACAAACCACUGUGGUCAACCAUUUGGUUGAUCCUACGCCAUUGCCUACAGAGAGCAACGCCGAAACGGCAUUUCUUGAAGGCGAUGACCUGCCCAUCGUGGACAGCAACGUGCUAUCUCCUUCUGAGUUCCAGGGGCGGGUUUUAGUCGAAGCUGAACCGCCGGUCUUUGACCUGACCAUGGCAGACAUUUCUGAUAUCGGAGAAGAAGAUGGAUCCGGAGAUGUCGACGCCCAGAGCAGUUCAGGAGAGGAGUCGGAGGGUCAGAAUGACGGCCGCGAGGAGGCCGGCGCGGCGAUUGCAAAGAGAAUGCGAGGUGUCCUUCCGGCAUCCUGGCUUAGGCUCGACCAACAGGCAAACCGUCCCAAACCUACUCAGUACCAACGCCCCGAUGACUCCCCUGAGAAGGGUCCGAGACGAGGCGUGGCUGUCCGACGGAUAGGUCGCUCGGCGUCAUCUACGGCGGCAGCGUUUCUCUUCGAUGACUCAGACGACGAUGUGGUCACUACGCAGACGCCUACACGUGCUUCUCACAAUAUCCAGACUGUCUUGCCUUUCGAGAGAUCUGAGGUCAUGGAAAUCAGUGACGACGACGACGGUGGCUCCGCCGUUGAAGAAAACCAGGUUGACCAUAUGCUUCCAAGCAGAAAACGUCAAUUGACUUUGAAAGACUUUCGACAACCCGCCAAAAGGCAGAAAAAGAACGACCGUCCAUCAAGCACCCAACCCAAGAAACGCGGGCGACCGCCGAAAAGCGCACACCGAUCUUCUGGAGCUUCUCGCCUUGAUCCUUUCUCCAAAAGUCGCAAAUCUACUUCGAGCAAUACUCGAGCUGUGGCCCGAGCGAAACCUCCUCCAAGAUUGAGCAUUCUGGAUGUCAUCGAACCAGAUGCGCCGAAGUUUCUGAAGAUUGCGGCUCGAGCAGCUCAAAGCAAGCGGCACAUGGGACGAUCCAGUCCUACAACCAAGAGCAUACGCCUAGCCACGCGGAAGGACAAUGUAGAUGCCGGCAGCGUGCUUCAACAGUGGAAAGGAGGCAAGAUUCGACCUCGACCUGGAUUGCAGACGAAGAAACCUAAGCCCACAGGGUCAAGUGGAAGACACCCACUGGCUCAACUACCAUCAAAUGUCUCCUCUCGUGGUGCUGUAUCCUCUCCAAAGGCCCGCAGCGCCACGCAGUCUGAUGAACUUCGUCGUGAGGGCUCAACGCCUUUGACGCCUUUGCCGGAGGCGCACUCUCGGAUAAGGCAAAUGUCGAGAAGUAAUUCGGUCACAAGUCAGCAGACGCAGGAUGCCCGAAAUAGGCCGGCUCAGCUUGAAACAGAUUUGACCCAGCAACCGGGUAGAGUCGGUUUCCAAGCAAAGAAGCGAGCUCUCGAUGCUCUUUUCAAGCGUAAUCACUCGCAGUCGCUGUCAUCGAGAAGUGCGCACUUGGAUUCUUUCUUAGACGACACAUCAUCAGUAGUGUCAGAGCACAGCCUUGCUGCUAGAGGCUCUCCUGAGCCUGCAGCAGUCAAGAGGCCCAUAUUGAAGCGCCCGAGAAAGCCUGUACAGCCAAUCCAGAUCGAUGUAACGGCAGCCCAUUUCCGCCACGCAGAUGACCCCAUGCCUACGAUAGAGUUGAUAACUCCCGUCGAAACGCCCAAAGCCGCGUUCAACGAUAAUCAGCUUCUUGGACUUGGUCCUUUUGGCACACACUAUACACAGCACUUUGACAUUUUCCCCCUGGACCGCGGGGUCUUCUUCCACGAGACAACACUCAUAGGCAGUGGACGGGUCAGCUCAAUAGCAUAUGGCCAGUUUCCCGAGAAGGUGUGGAAUUAUCGACCCCGAAUUUCUUACAGCCUUGGUGAAAUGGUCCUUCGAUGGGACUUAUGGACCGAGCAAGUCUCGUCCGAGUUCGGCAUCGUGAUGGACGGGAUCCUCGAGCAAAUUCUCAGGCCAUCGCUAUCUGCAGAAGUCACACCCAAUGCCAGAGCAGCGGCAAGGUUUGUUCUGGACUACGUCCAAAAAGCGAUGAGCUUCACCAACGAUGCCGAUGCUGCCUCAUUCAUCGCUCGGGUGUCUGAUGUGGUCAAGUCUUUCUUGACGCGCUUCGAAUCUGAAGAUGUCAGUGACUUGGCUCAACGUCGGGAAUUGGCUGACGUGUUGUCGAAUGUAUUCCUCGUUGUCUCUUACGCCGUCCGCCUCUGUCAAAAAAGUCCGGCGCUGAUGACAGAGAGCUUUGCUAUGGAGGCGCUUCUCAGAAAAACCGCAGAAACACUAGUCCGAUCGCUUCUCGGCAUUGGCCUGGACGACGUUACGCAACUCUACGAUGAUCUUCAGACCUUGAGAUACCGCGAGCGUGGCAUUCGCUCCGACAAGUUCGUAGCACACGCUUGGGUGCUUCUCAUAAAGGUCCUAGAAUAUCUUCGGAUUCCUAGAAUGACAUUCUGGGACGUCACAUACUCGUGCAUGAUACAACCAAGUGUCAUUCGUGGCAUGGACUCCCAAGAGUUUGAGAAUAUUUGGAGGAAGAUGUUCACGCUCCUACCCUUGUGCGAAUUUGACGAUAAUGGUGUGAUCGUUUCCGAUAGGAGACACCUGGUUCCCCUGGAAGGGUGGAACUUGCCCCAGCAAGUCCUCAAACGCGUCUUCCAACUAUACCGCGACAAUCCCCGCCAGUCUCCGAGCUUCAAUGACUACUGCCGGGCACUAGUGUCCAGGUGUCACUAUCUGGUCGAUCAAUGGGGUUGGCAGAAAAGCAGCGGUAUCAUCGGUACCAUCUUCGACUUCUUUGGCUCGCAGAACUUAUCUCAUCUGCGCAACGAAGAAGCCUUCCGCUCAGCUCGUUUCCUAGACAGCCUUCACCUUGACCCGUCUCUCCAUGUCGAGCCUGAGGAUAGGUGUUUCCACAUAUUCCUCAAACUCGUGGCACUAGCCAUCAAGAGACUGAGGCAAAAUGGGGCAAUCAACGACAUCCGGAAUUUGGUAGCUCGCACACUGCCAAACCACGACCGGCAAUAUUCUAAGGAACAAAACGUUCACCAGAAUGACUUAGCGGCUCUCAGGAACCAUCAUGAUCUCUUAUGUACUCUGUUCUGGGCAGCGCCACCUGAUCUUCGUCCUGGCAUCCACAAUCUGGAGAAAUUGGUUAUUCCCGCUAGCUCUCAUAAGGAAGCCUGUCUUAUUAACCUGCGGGCCUGGAAUCAACUGGCAAGAUUCGUCGUCCACGAAGAGUCCGCCGCGUCAUUCAAUUCGCUGGCUAGCUGGCAGGCCAAUGUGUUCAAGCAGCUGUUGGACCAGUACAACUCUGCCGCAGCAGAUAUCCAACAGCAGUUUUUAGCACUGUCCAAGGAUGAUAGCCAUAAUGUCAGCGAAGACCUGAUGAACUCCAUUGUGGCUACAAACAAAGCUGCAACCAUGGAGAUUAUGCUGUUCUCAGUCAAGUCCUCAAUGGAGGUUGUGCAAUAUGCGAGUAGUUUGGAGUUGGCAAGGCUUGCUUCUAGCCCUUAUCAACUACAGCAAGUCUUCCAGCAUUUCUCUACUUUGCCAGCAGACUUCCCGUCCACGCUUCUCCAAGCCUCUCUGACCACGCUCGAACGUCUUCUUGGUCGAAUCGAGUCAGUCUUCAACGAAGCAGAUGAUAGUCAAGACAGUAUGGCCUCUCGGACUUUGGAGUCUGAGGAUGCUAUUCUGAUGCUGGACCGCGAAUUGGCAGCUGCGUUCCUUUCAGCAGCACGCUGUCUCUUGUCAAAUCAACCGCGCGGCAAACCUGGCAAUUCAAGCGUGUCAACAUCCUGUGUUGAACAAUCCGUUGUGGUAUCUGGCAUGAUGAUUGGUCUUUUCGUACGCUGCGGAAUGAUGGCACUCUCGCAGGUUUUUAAACCUACUAAAUAUGGACUAUUCGGGAAAGCGCCAAGCAAGCUUGACUGCGAACAACGCCAAUAUCUUCCACUCUUCCUUUCCAUUGUUGCGCAGAAGGGAGCAACCAUUAACCUGGAGGAUAUUGGAGGAAGCCUUUUACUAUUGUGGCUCAUGGUCAUCGUACAGCCGAGUAACUACUUGAGAUUUGAGAACCGAUUUGGACAGCAGCUCCAGCGACAGGGCUAUCCUUUCAUUCCGGACAAAGCAGGUCUCGUCGUCAACCCAGGCUACUCGGCCAAUCGUGACUUUUUCGAGUACGCGGUAUCUUGGAUGCGGAAAUCUCUACACACAGCCGACGCUGCCUCCAAGAAGAACAUGCGGUCCGAGUUCGAGAGAGUGCUCAAUGCUGUCAUGAACCAAAUGCGGGCUGACCUUCAAAUCAUGGCUGCAGACGAAUCACAACACCCGAGCUAUGUCAAGUUCGUCCGCAACAUCAUCUCCCUCAUCAAGGCUCAUGCUUCAGACAUCUGUCCCGUACAAAAAUUCUUCUUGGAGGUGAGCAAGGAGUAUUCGCCGCCGAUGCAAGACCCGCAAUUACAAGCAGCGUUGAUCCAGUCAUACGGAUUCAAGCUUGCGGAAGGCGACCCCAGAGUCCCUAGUACACUAUUUCACUUCUUGCUCAAUAACUUUAAGGGGGCUCUCCAGCGUGGCCGACUACCGCAUGAAGUCGUCCUGCUGAAAGGGGCUUUGGAGAACGAUGCCAUCAUGUCAUUCAUUCUUGGCAAGAUGCUUCCCGCGGUGCUGCACGCCACUCUAUCCAAUGUCGAGGCCUACGCGAUGCUCGAUGUUUUAUGCGAUGCGCUUGGACUGGCAAUAAAAUCGUCACCUGUUCCUCGUCAAGUCAGCGAAGACAAUAUGGGGUGCAUUGCUGCCUUGGUCAUCACCACACUGGCUUGGGCAAACGCCCUAGGACGGAGCAUGCUUAGUCCUGAGCAUGUUCAUGUGCUCAGACGAAUCACUUGGCUCCUCAACGCUUUUCAGCCUUCCCUCGAAGCGUUCUCAUUCAUGGCUACAGAACCUCGAGGCUGGGACAACGUCAUGUCGAUGUUACGUUGGUUCAGCCUGCUUGCCGAAGGGGCGCAAGAGUAUCUUGAAAACCAAGAAACCCCUUUCAUAGCCUCCUCGGGGCUGUUCCGCCGACUCAGAACUCUCAAUGAGAUCUUCACGAUCCAGGACACCACGGUUCUGACCUGGUCAGAGCAUAUAGGAAACGACAUCAGUAGGAAUUGGGUCACGACAGGACCAUUGUUAACGGUAUCACCCCACAACCGUGGCACACCUUCAACACAGUCUGGGAUUGGAUCACUACGGCCUAAGUGGGACAUGCAAGAAUUGACGACGAGUUUGCUAGAUCAAAUGCGGAACUGGCAUGAGUGGUGGACGAGGGUGAAAGAGUUGCCAGCUGAUACUGAGGAAGUAGAUUUCGGGGAGGACUGUCGACAUUUCCACCCGUCCUUUAGGUUGCGGAAGAGCCCGUCCGAAGGCGGCGCAGAAGACGGCAAACCACCAGACAAACCAGCCGGCGAGCAAGAGGACGGCAGCAGAAAUAAAGAUGGCGGCGCGUUCGCCUCUGCGAGAGCGCGCCUCUCAAGGCCGCGGGCCGCUGACGAGCUGCCACCCGUGAAGCUGCCGCAGAGCUUCCUCGACAACAGCGUGUCGCUGUAUGAUCCCGAAAACCGCAUCAACACCCUCACAAACGAUCUGUGGCACCAUCGAUACAUGGGCGCCCGCUGGCACGAUCUGCUCUGGAAAGAUUUGGAUCUCGUCUUCAGCCAUGCGUCUUGGAGCGAAGCGAGGCUGCAAGAUGCGCUGCGCCGGGGCAAUCUCGAAGCCAUUGAGAGGAGGAGCCGACUCCUUGCUGAGGCAUCGCAGUGGCUGAGUCUCUCCAUUGACGAGAUGCGAUCUUCGAACAACCUGCAGAGCUCUCGCGAGCCGCUGCCGACCACCGAAUUCGCAGACAUGCUUCGAUACUCGAACAAAUUCGUCCUUUCGAACCUUUUGUCGCAACACACCAGAGCAACGACGGACGCCGAUCCAACACAAGAUCCAGACAGCGUACUGCAAUCGCUUGUCGAGCAAUACAUCGAAGAGGGACGGCCGAAGCUGAGACGUGACGGAUUGAGGUUAUUCGAUCCCAGGAUCCGCGGGGAGGUCGUCACGGCUGUGUGCGCGGAGCUUUCCCUGCAGCCGGACGCAAGUGCCGCAGGCAGGGAGCUCAAGAGACCCCUUACUGUCGUCAACAUCCCGAACUACACCGGCCGAAGCCAUACCAAGAAACUCAUGAAGCACGUUGCGUCAUGCGCGGAAGCCGAUUUGAUUCACCUCGAUGCGCAGGAGUUGGCGAUGCUUGUGGGCGACUACAUCGGACAGGACUGUGCCUACUCGCGUGGCUCGAUCUCUAUACUGGGAUACCGAUCUGCCGAGAUGAACGGACGUCUCGUCAAGAGCGAGGAGCCAUCCAAGCCCAACGACGAGGAUCUAUCAGGCGAGAUCGAAGCGGCCUGGAUCAAAGAAGGCCCCAAGGACUACAUCCUUCCCUCUGUAGAUCGAUGGGAGAACCUAAAGAUCAACGCCGUUCUUGAGGAGAUUGCUAACUCGGCUACAAAGAUGACGUCGAAGCCGGAUCGCAACCUGAUCAUUCACGUGGACGACUUCGUCGAGCUUAACAUGACGCUCGAGGGUGCGCUGCUCAUCGGUCGACUUCGGACCAUCGUAGACACCAUGUGGCGCGCUGGAAAGAGAGUCACCCUCGUGGGCACCUCAUCCAACGAGAAUCCUUCGGAGCAGUACGCAUCGACGCUCAAGGAGAUUGCGGCAGAGGAGUGUUUGAUCCCUUUGCCUCUGAAUUUCCAGCGGAUCACCGACGCUGCAAAUACCAAGAAGAUUUACGAGGCCAAUGACUUCUUGCAAGAGAACCUGCGAAACAUCCAGCAUAUGCUGAAGAGCAUUUCUGGCCAAACGCGAGACACGAGUAAACUGCGCAUCGUCGGCGUGUCAAAGUCCUCGCCGCCGCAGUUCCUCUUGGAUGACACACAUGGCUCUUACAUGGAGGUCUCGCUCAUCCCCCGCGUUCUCGCAACCUCCAUCCUCCCCCUUUCCGACGUAUACCACAUAACCCGCCUCUUCUACGCCUGCGAGGGCACCGUCCGCCCCGACGAGUCAUGGAGGGUUCUCUUUGACGUCGUCGAGUCCAGCAGCUACAGCACCGCGCAGCUGCACCGCACCCAGGACCGGCCGACGCGCUCCAAACCCUCCUCCGGCGGCGCGAGCUCGUCUGCCGACAUGCAGAAGCCCGAACCCGAACGCCUCCGCGUGUCCGGUAACUACAACGACUACGAGAAGAAGCUCCUCAGCGGUCUCGUCAACAGCAGCGAGAUCAAGACGACGUUUGCCGACGUCCACGCCGACGCGGAGACCAAGAACAACCUCAAGCUCCUGACCUCGCUGUCGCUCGUCCGCCCCGAAGCCUUCACAUACGGCGUCCUCGCCACCGACAGGAUACCGGGCUGCCUCCUCUACGGCCCGCCCGGCACCGGCAAGACGCUCCUCGCCAAGGCCGUCGCCAAGGAGAGCGGCGCCAACAUGCUCGAGGUCAGCGGCGCCAGCAUCAACGACAUGUACGUCGGCCAGAGCGAGAAGAACGUGCGCGCCCUCUUCUCGCUCGCCAAGAAGCUGAGCCCGCUCGUCAUCUUCAUCGACGAGGCCGACGCCCUACUCGCCGCCCGCGGGCAGCGCAACCGCGCCGCGCACCGCGAGACCAUCAACCAGUUCCUGCGCGAGUGGGACGGCAUGAGCGACACGAAGGCCUUCAUCAUGGUCGCCACCAACCGGCCCUUUGACCUCGACGACGCCGUGCUCCGCCGGCUGCCGCGCAAGAUCCUCGUCGACCUGCCCCUCAAGGCUGACCGCGCCUCCAUCCUCCGCAUCCUCCUCAAGGGCGAGACGCUCGACGCCUCGGUCGACGUCGACGACGUCGCGCGGAAGACGGUGCUCUACUCCGGCUCCGACCUCAAGAACCUCUGCGUCGCGGCCGCCAUGACGGCCGUCCAGGAGGAGAGCGAGGUGGCGGCGCGGCACACCGGCCCGGAACCCUACGUGUUCCCGCCGAAACGCACGCUCGCGAAGCAUCACUUUGAUAAGGCCCUGAAGAUGAUUGCCGCCAGCGUCAGCGAGGACAUGGACAGCUUGAAGAGCAUCCGUCGCUUCGACGAGAAGUACGGCGAUGUCCGGGCCAAGAAUAGCCAGAAGAGGAAGGGUAUGGGCUUCGGUGUGCUGCCGACGUCGACGGAUGCUGAGGAGGCUAGGGUGCGGCAGGCUGUUGCUUGA